GUCAUCUAGCGAGUGAGCUGGUGUACGUGCACAGCAGAAGACGCGCUUGACGGCUCGCUAUAUUGGAGCGACAGCUUCUUAAAUGGGAAGGGCUGGCAGAAGAGCACGAAAGGACAGAUGUGACUAAUUGCGUUUCUUUAGCAGCGCAGGCAAGCGCGAUGUGCCCUCCAGUGAGAGUCAUUUACGGGGAGGGAAAGCUCUUAAGAUGAAGGCAAACUUUAGCGCAGGUGUUCAGACCGUUUUAAAUCGCUAGCCACCCAAGGUGCAGGGAAAACCCCCACAGCUGAUGUACAAAUUUACAAAGGAAAACACACUUUAAUACGUGCGACUGUCUCGUAUAGUGCUGGCCAAAUGAUGUAUCGUUUCAAUUUUCCCUUUUGUGUUUACUUAAAUUGUGUUUAGCUGUUAAUUCUAAGUAGAUUAAUUAAAUGUAAGUUUUUGUUUCAAUGACGGGAUGGUAACGAUUAAAACGGCAUUGUGAUACACUAAACGGCGCAAAUCGCGUUGAUGUACCUUAUCGAUAAGUUACAAAGGGUUUUAUACAUGAUAUGGGAGUGUAAAUAGGUUACAUUAAUAAUCUUCACAAAACAUUAAUGUAUUUUUUUCAGAUUUAAAGCAGGGAUUCCCAGUUUUAAAUAUGUAUUUUCUAAUGUGACACUUCCAGCAGUACGUCAUCUAUUCCUUUGAAUGCAAAAAGAUUUCUUCCUGUUUAACCAUGUGUACUACAAAAUAGUUUUCGAUUAUUGUGCUAUUAUAUAAUCAUUAUUUAUUAAACUGCUUAAGACAGUGAUCAAGCAUGCUAAUUUUUCUUAUCUGAAAGUUAAAACUUUCGACCCUUUUAAGCUCUAAAAAUGACCCGACAUAAUAGGGACUCUACGGUUCAGCACAAUAGGAAGCGCGCAGCGCUCCCGUUUCCUCUCGGCACGCAUCGCUGAUAAUCCGCCAUUCAACUCAAAUGAUCCCCCUUUUAUCUUGUUGUUUGAUCGGAACCAUCAACCUCGUCCAAUUCGGGCUAAUCUCCGUGGGGUGUCAGUGAUCCGAUCAUCCCGUUGUUAUCUCUGCAUAGCUCCUCUAUAAUGGGGACAUUAUCCUCUCUAUUUUCAUAGUUAUCUGUGCAUGUUACAGACGUUGAACAUCACAUUGCCGAUCAGUGGGUACAGAUUUACCAAGGACCAUUCUUCUGACUAUGCUAGGAAUUAUUUUCUCUACCAGAUAUAACAGUUUAUUUCGAGUCUUCCCUGAACCUGCCUAAUACAAAACAAACAUUUAAAUAAGCAAACAUUUUUUUAAAACUGGGGAAAACAUGGUUUCAAGACACACACCAAUAUUAAGUAAAAAGUACACAAAAUAAGGAAAAGCGUUAUAUUAAAUAAAAAAUUGUAUCCCUUAACAUACAAAAGAAAAUAUUGCAAAAUACUGUGUAUACCAUUCCUGCAAAGCGUUAUUUUACUAGCCGUGCAAUGUGCAAUUAUAUGAUAUAAGAAUAAAAAAUAACAAAGGUUGUUUAAUAAGAUAUUAUUGACUAAGAAUAUAGUCGUAGGAUUUGCUUUAUUCAAUCUGUCCCCGUUCUUACCAUUAAAAUUGACGUCACACUUAUUAGAAUAUACAUUACGAAACAAGAGGCGUGGUCUCUAGGGUCUCGACAUAAAGCUCCCCCGAGGGACCCCCGUUUGAAGGGGCUUCAGAGGUUCCCUUGGAUUGCUGGAAAAUUGACUCACUUUACAGGACAAUGUCUGCCGCGACGCCUGACGAAAGAAGCGGAAGAAUUGUAAGUUAGUUCUUAUUUUCCGGCGUGCAUUUUUAGUAAUCUCGCUUUACGGUAACUAUUUAACUAUUUUCAGAUUUUACUAAUUACGUUAAACUGGGUCGCAAUGUUAAAUGUGAAUCCAGGUUGACAAGUGUUGUGUUGCAGUUUUCCAAACCACUAAUGGAGAAGCGCCGGAGAGACCGCAUCAACAACAGUCUGGAGACUCUGAGACUCUUACUUUUAAAGAGUACACGCGAUGAGAAACUCCAGAACCCCAAAGUAGGUAAGGCUGAGAUCCUUGAGAGCGUGGUUCACUUUCUGAAGAUGAGACAGUCAGGGUGGCCCGAACCCCAAAUGACAUGCGGAGGAAGAAGAGGCCAGCAGACUGAGGAAGAUGUCAGGGUCUCCUGUGGACACUAUCAGGACCACAGGAGGUGCAUGAAGGCACGUUUGCUGAGAGUAGGCCGCUUAAUUACAAACAGGAGCAACAAGCUGUUGGUCACCAUGGAGUGCGACAGGGACGGCCUGUUCCAGGGACCUCCAGUGCAACCUUCAACACACUUCUCCCUGACGGCGCCCCCUACAGUCGCUCCUGUCCCCCAUGAGGCUGCAGUGCCAGUGGCCUUUGGCUCAGGCUGCCAACUGCCCUCCCAACACCUGGGGCCAGCGGCUUGGGCGCCCCCUACAGGUUCAGCAGUGCAGAGACAGGCCCUGCAGAGACUGAGUCAGGGGGCCGAUGAUGGUGGUGACAUGAAACCCGUUCCAGAGACACACGGGGCCCUUGGCGGUGCAGUGUGGAGACCGUGGCCACAGUAGCAAAGAUUCCCCAUAUUCUGGAUUACAUCAGCUGGUUUACAAAUUUUUUAUCCAUCCAUCCAUCCAUCCAUCCAUAUAUCUAAUCAACCAUCAUCAAUUUAUUUGUGAAAUUGAUCGGGAGUUCUGGCUCUCUAUUUUCUAUAUGUGGAAAAAAUGUAUGUAUAUAUGCAUGGAUAGCUAUAUAUGCAAAUACCUUUGUAUGAAUUCCUCCUGUAAGAAAUAAUAAAACGAGAUGCGUCAGACAAAAUCGUUUGCUAAAUAAAACAAAA